UUGUGUUGUUUGUUGGGAAAGAAGGAGAAGAGAAGAUCGAAGUGAAGACGAUGGAGGAAGCAACAGCAUCAAAGUGCAUACCACACCAAAUCGGAGGGGUUCAAAACGAUGCGCUUCGAUUCGGACUCCACGGAGUCAAGAGCGACAUUGUUGGUUCGCACCCUCUCCAAUCUUCCGUCGAAUCUACAAGGAGGAUCGAUGAAGCGAUGAGGAGGCAAUGCAAAGUCAAUUUGUAUGGAACUGCUUUUCCACUGAAGCAGGAGCUUGACAGUCAAAUCUUGUCUAGGUUCCAGCGGCCUCCUGGUCCAAUUCCAUCUUCAAUGCUGGGUUUGGAGACUGUUACAGGAAGUCUUGAUCACUUUGGUUUUGAGGAUUUUCUAAAUGACCCUCGCGAAUCUGAGACUUUGCGACCACUGGACAUGCAUCAUGGGAUGGAAGUUCGUCUUGGUCUAUCUAAGGGACCGGUGCACCCAAGUAUUAUAUAAGUAAAUUUGACUGUUAUUCUAGUAUCGGAAAACAGUGUUUUAUGGUAAAACUUCCUUGAUAUUCAUUAGAAGGAAAGGUCUAAGUAACUUGGGUAUUUGUUCGUGGACUUGUGUUUUCCUAUGUUCGGGAUUAUAAAUGUUAUGGUCCAUAUAAAACACGUCUUGUCUUUCAAAGUAAAGCAGAAUUUAUGUACCAGGCAUUUGAGUUGAGCAUCUGUUGUUACAUCUGGCAAAUAUCCCACUGUUAAUUCUACCAUGACUGCUUGGAAGCAUGGAUUGUCAUGUUUCAAGAAAUGUCAGACCUUAUCCGAUUAUAAUCAAUGAAUAAGGACAUUCUUCCACCCCAUAAAUGGGUGAGUUGGGUGCUGGAAAGAGAGAAAAAAGAGGGGAAAAAAUGAAGAGAGAUGUGAUGGGAAAUUUAGAGAGAAAUAGAAAAAAUAAUAGGUGUAUAUAUAAAGUAAUGUAGGAUAAUUAGUUGAUCGUAUAUUUGUUUUUUCUUUCCCUGUUUCAAUACUCUAUACGAAAAGGGUUUAUUUCGUAUGCAUGGAAUGGUUGACGAAAAUGAUGCACGUUCUUCGACUGGAAAUGGGGUACAGUAGAAAGAAAUGCCAAAUUAGUCGGUGACAAGUGGUCUAUCCUUGUGUUUUUCAUGAAUCUUGGCUCUUCAUUUUGUACAAACUCGGAUGUUUUCAAGUCAAAGUUUCCCACUUGAAUACAAAUCCAAAAUCGAAGAGAAAUUUUACAAUCAAUCUCAAAUCUACACUUUGAUUGCCCAGGUAGCCGAUUUAUCCCAAUGGAAGCAGCUACCUUCCCAAUUCCUAUCUCCAUGUCGUUGCCUAUACUUUGCGACCAGUGUGACAUUUGCUUUUAUUCACACCAGAUAAAGAUGGGGAAAGAGUUGCAUGUGUCAUGUUGGAGACGGUAGCAUCCAUGUUCCAAGUCAGGGCUUCCAAUCCUUGCAGGCUUCCACCUCCCCAAGACGCUGCUGUAUAUAUUUUUAAGUUCCAGUUUUAAGUUAAAAAGAUUAAUCCUCCUACCUUUUAGUAAUUUAAACAUACAU